AUGAAUUUAGCUGAAAAACCAAAAGCUUUUUUUAUUUGCAAAUUUUUAUUUUUUUAUUAUAUUUAUAAAAAACCCAUCUUACCUUUUGAUUCUUUGAAAUGUAAAAUUAGUGGUAAAGAGAUACCCUAUGUUUGUAUUAUUCAAAUAUUAGGUCUAAGUCUUUUAGGCCAACGUGUGUGCUUGUAUAUACACGACUUUUAUCCUUUCUUUUAUUUAUUAAUACCACCUGAGGAAAAGAAAAAUGAUAAGCUAGAAAUAGAAUUGUGCUCAUUUUUAGAGGAAGAAUAUGGAAAAGCGCGAAAAGAUCCAAAUAAUAAUGUGUGUAUUUAUAAUAUAGAAAGAGUUAAAAGGAAAGGGAUUUAUGGGUAUAAUGAAGAGUGCGAUGAUUUUUUGAAAAUAUCUUUCUUAUAUCCAAAUACAAUUAAUUAUUUUGCAAGUUUGUUAAAAAAGAAAUUAUUUAAGAAACGUAUAUGGGAUUUAUAUGAAGUUCAUAUAAAUUAUAUGUUACAUUUUUUAUGUAUGAAAAAUAUAUAUGGAUGUUCUGAAAUAUAUAUUGACAAAAAUAUAUAUUUUAGAAAAGAAUUUGUGAAUGAAAUAAAUUUCGAAUGUAUUGAAAAAGAAGAACGUUGGUAUUUAGGUGAGAAAAAAUAUGAUUUAGAUAACUUUAAAAGAAAUAAAUAUUUAGAGGUAGACGCUCCUUUAGUUUUUACCAUCAAAACAAUUAAUGUUAAUUUUUCGUCAUUAAAAAGAGAAACGUCAUAUGAUAUUGAGUGUGAUAUAAAACAUCAACAUAUUUUAAACGAAAAAAUAUAUACAUAUGAAUUUGAAAAGAAUAAAAUAAAAUGGAAGAAAGAAUUCAAUUUUGAUCUUCCUAUUAAUCAUUUAGAUUCUUUUGCAAAAAUGUGGAUGAAAGAAAAAAAGAGAUGUAAAUAUAUGGACAUGGAUUUAAAGAGAGAACUUUUUUAUUUUAAGAGUUAUGAAAAUGAUUUGUGUUUUGACACCUUUAACGUACUAACUGAGAGAACAGAAAAAAUGUUCCAAGGAUUUUUAGAAUUUAUGAAAAAAAGGCAAAGUGAAAAGGAUAAAGCAAACUAUGAGAAAAUAUUAGAAUAUGAUAACAUUGAAAAUAUUCAAAAAUAUAAUAAAGUUAUUAAUGAUGAUAUGAAACUAAAAGAAGAUCAUAAUUUUAAUUCUGAUAUGAAUAAUAUAGAAGUAAAAAUAAAACAAAUAAACAAUAAUGAUAAUAUAAAUGAUUGUAAAAAUAUUGUAGAUAGUGAAGAAGAAAAUGAUAUGUUAUCAAAUAUGAUUAGUAAUAAAAAAAAGGAUCAUAUGGGAAUAUCACCUAAUUUGUUCAUACAAAAUAAAGAACAAGAAAAGGAAAAACAAGAAGAAAGAGAAAAGGAAAAACAAGAAGAAAGAGAAAAGGAAAAACAAGAAGAAAGAGAAAAGGAAAAACACGAAGAAAGAGAAAAGGAAAAACACGAUCAAAGAGAAAAGGAAAAACACGAUCAAAGAGAAAAGGAAAAACACGAUCAAAGAGAAAAGGAAAAACACGAUCAAAGAGAAUGUUUUAUUGAGUAUGUUAAUGAGAAAGGAUGCAUUGCAUCAUUCGAAAUUAAUAAAAAGAGAAAAGAAGUGGUUCGUUAUUCUUUUAAGAAGGAACCACCUAGAAUAAACAAAUGUUAUGCCGUUAUUAAUAAUUUAGUUGAUCAUAUAAGUGGAAGAGAUAACAAAAGUAUGAAAGAAAAAAUGAAAGGAAAUAUUUAUAAUAGAAUACAUGAGAAUAUAGAAGAUGAAAAUAAAGAAGAUACAUCAAAAUUUGAAUAUAUAGAAAAAGAAAAUCCUAUGAAAAAUAAGCAUAAUAUAAGAAAGCAAUAUGAACAGAUAAAAUCGGAUAAUAUGAAGAAAAAAAUAAAUAUAAAAUAUGGAAAUAUAUUUUUUCUAGAAAUAUUAACCGAAAUAAAAGAUGAAAAUUGUUAUUCUUCAGAUUAUAACGAAGACAAAAUAAAGGCCGUUUUUUAUAUAGUGAGAGAAGAAAGACUUAUGAAUUUAUAUGAGGAUUAUAAUAAUUGCAUGGGAAUUAUAGCAACGAAACCUUUUCCUAAUAUUUCUUAUCUUUUUAAUGAAAGGGAGGAUAUGAAUAAGUUAAAAGGAAUAAAUGAAUCCAAAUUAAAUGAAGAAGAAUCAAAAUUGUGUAAAGAUAUGUAUCAUAUAGAAGAUGUGAACCUUUGUAGAAAUAAUUGUAGAUGUAUAGAAAAAAAUAAGGAUAAUGUAAGAAAUGAUAAGAAUGUGAUUAAUAAAAACAGGGACGAUACAUAUGGAAGUAGUAAAGAAUUAUGUUGUAGUAAAAAUGGUUAUCAUACAAAUAAAAGAAUAAAAGAAAUAACAAAUAAUGAUAUAAAAAAGGUGAAGAAAACCUUUUUUGAUUUUAAUAUAAAUUAUAAUAACGUUAAUAUAUGUAUUGUAGAAAAUGAAAGAGAACUUAUUCAAAAAUUGAUUCAUAAGAUAUUGUUUUAUUCUCCGCUUAGUAUUGUUUCUUAUGAAAAUGAUAAAUAUAAUAUAAAUUAUAUAAACCAAAGAUGUUUAGCUUUAGAUAUAGGUAAUUUUUAUAAGAUGAUUUGUAAACUGAAUGAUCAGAAAAAGUUUUUAGAUUUACAUAAUGCAUAUAGUAGAAAUAUAAAAGGUAUCAUAAUUGAAAGUUUAUAUAAAUUAUCAAAUACUUAUAAUACAUCAUUUGAAAAUUUAUGUAAACAUUAUUUAAAUAUAAAUAUUCCUUCUAUUAACAAAUAUACCUUAUAUUAUUGGUAUAAUUAUAAGAAGAAAAGGCAAAUAAAAGCUAAUGGAUCUUCAACAUUUGUCAAUAAAGAUAUUAUAAAUAAUGAUUUAUGGAAUGAUAUGGAUGAGGAACAUAUUUAUUUUCCAUAUAGGCAUAUAACAAUAAAACAUUAUUUAAGAAAAGUAUAUUUUAUACUAUUAAUAUAUGAUAAAAUAUGCUUUUUAAAAAGAAAGAUGAAUUUCUGUAAAUAUAUACAUGUUGAUUUAUUAUCUUUAAUAAAUAGAGGAUCUCAAUAUAUUAUAGAAUCUUUUCUUCUCAAGAUGUGUAUUAAAUAUAACUAUGUUUUAUAUUCUCCUUCCAAUAAAGAAAUAUUUGAUCAAAGACCCAUUUUACAUACUCCUUUAAUAUUGCAACCUAAAAGUUCAAUCAAUUUUUUCCCAUUAUUAGUUUUUGAUUUUCAGUCAUUAUAUCCUUCUAUUUUAAUUGCUUUUAAUAUUUGUUAUUCAACAUGUCUUGGAACAAUAACCCUAAAGAGGAAAUUGAACCAAAUGGAUGAAGAAAAAAAUAAUGAAAAGAAGGAUGAAAAUACUGAGGGGUCAUUAAUGGAAAAAUGUGAAACUUAUAAGAAUGAUAUAAAUGAUAAGAAACAUAUAAAUGAUAAGAACUAUAUAUAUGAUAAAAAUCAUAUAAAUGAUAAGAAACAUAUAAAUGAUAAGAACUAUAUAUAUGAUAAGAACUAUAUAUAUGAUAAGAACUAUAUAUAUGAUAAGAAUCACAUAUAUGAUAAGAAUCACAUAUAUGAUAAGAACUAUAUAUAUGAUAAGAACUAUAUAUAUGAUAAGAAUCACAUAUAUGAUAAGAACCAUAUAAAUGAUAAGAAUCAUAUAUAUGAUAAGAACCAUAUAUAUGAUAAGAACGAAUUAUCAUGUAGUAAUAAAAAUGAUUUCCCCUCUGAUGAAUAUACAGACAUGAUGAAUAUCUCUGAGGAUGCAAAAUAUUUAAUCGACUUGUUGGAUGAAAAUAUAAAUGAUUGUAUAUCAUCUGCAGAUCCAAUGAUUGAAGCUGAUAUUAAUCAAAGCAAUGGAAAAGAGUUAGGUGAGAAUAUACCUAGUGAGAAUAUGACUAGUGAAGAUUAUGAUAAAAUUAAAUAUAAAUUUGAUAUGAAUAAUAAAUUAGAAAUGGGAAAUAUAAAAUAUGUAAAUAUAAUGAAUGAUCAAUCAAUAUAUGGGAAUAUAAAUAAGAACAAAAUAUAUAGCAAUGAAGAGAAAUCUAUGGAAUCCAAUUUUGAAUUUAUAAAACUGGGAGUAAUGAAAAAUGUUCCUUCUAUUUCAAGUCGAAUUAAGAAUCUUAAAAGUGAGGAUAUAAUUAUAACUAGUAAUAAUACAAUAUAUGUAAAGAAACAUAAGAGAAAAGGGAUAUGUCCUCUUUUUCUUGAAGACAUUUUAAAAACGAGGAUUAUGUUAAAACGAUGCAUGGGUAUGUAUGAAGAAAGAGUUAACAAAAAAUUAAAUGAAAGAAUGGGAAAAUUAAAAUUAAUACUAAAUGUUGCUACAGGUUAUAUUGGGGCAAAUUUUUCUGGUAGGAUGCCAUGUGUAGAUAUUUCUGAGAGUAUUAUAAGUAUAGGUCGUAAUUUUUUAUUAUUUAUAAUUGAAUAUAUAAAAGAAAAUUAUAAAUUUGUAAAAAUAUUAUAUGGAGAUACAGAUUCGUUAUUUUUAUUAAAUGAAACUACAGAUGAUAUACAGAGUUCUUUUAAACUGGCUUAUGAAAUUUUAAAUAGUAUAAAUAAUAUAUUACCAUUACCAAUGUAUUUAAAUUUUGAAAAGAUAUAUUGUCCUUCUCUUCUUUUAACCAAAAAAAGAUAUUUUGGUUUUUCAUUUAAAAAUGAAAAUCAAGAUAAUCCUAUUUUAGAUUUAAAGGGUGUAGAAAGUAUAAGAUCCGAUCAAUGUAUAUUAGUUAAAAAUAUAUUAAUACAAAUAUAUUUUAUCCUUAUUUAUUUUAAAAAUAAUUGUUAUUUUUCUUAUUGUUGUUGUUGUUGUUAUUUAUGUAAGAACUUUUUUUCUAAUUUGAUAUGUUCUUGUAAAGAAUUAAAUGUUCAUAAAACUGAUCCGUGUUUUUUAUUCACUUUAUUAAAAAUAGUAUUAAGCAUAUGCAAAGUUAGAAGAUACAUCAAUCAAAACGAAGAUAAAUACAAUAUAAAUAAUGAUAAUAAUAAUAAUAAUAAUAAUAAUAAAUGUAAUUGUCAUCAUAAUAAGCAGCAUGGUAAUAAAAUUAAUGAUAUAUCAAAUUUAUCGAUCGAAUUAUAUCAAAAGGUUCCUUCUUUUGACAAAGUGAAACUUUAUAAGGAGGUUAUGAAUUGGGUAGAGUAUUAUGAUAACGAGAAUUUAUUACUAAAAACUUUAAACUUUUUAUAUAGGGAAAAAUAUUCUUUUUUAAUAUACUUAUUUAACCUAUUUGAUGAAGCUACAUUACACAAAGAAAUUGAAAAAAUAAUACAAACAAAUUUUGAAAAAAUACAAAACCAAAAAAAUAAUAAAUGUUGUUUUAUUAAUCCCUCUAAUGUGUUCAAAAUUUGUUUAUGUGUUAAGAACAUAAAUGAAAAUAUAAAAUGUGAUCAAAUAAGAUGUUAUUGUAAUGUAAAACAAGCUAUGUUUUUUUUUUAUAAUCCAACAUAUAAUAAAGUGGAUUAUGUUUUUAAUACUAAAUUGUUUUAUUCUCAUUUAUUAUCUCAUAUAAAACAAACGUUAAAUGAAUAUUUUAAUAAAAUUUAUGAUAAUCAAAUAUCUUGUGAUAAUUUUAUUAUAUAUAGAAAAGUGAAAUUAGGAACAUACAAAGGAGAAAUGCAGGGAAUUAGGCGAAAAGUAUCACUACCCCCUCAAGCAAUUGUAGCAAAGAAAAUUAUGAGAGAUUUUCCUAAUUCAAUUAUUACAUAUAAAGAAAAGGUGCCUUACAUAUUUACUAAGAAGUUGAAAGAUGAUAAAAUUUAUAGUUCUGUAUCACAUCCGCAUUUUAUUAGAGGAAUUUAUAGAUCCUUUAGGUUUGAUUGUGGUUCUACAGAACAGCUAGAAAUAUCUGAAGACAGUUCUAAUAAUGAUAAUGAAAAAAAUGAUAAUAUUGAAAAGAUUGGUGAUAUUGAAAAAAAUGAUAAUAUUGAAAAAAAUAAUAAUAUUGAAAAAAAUGAUAAUAUUGAAAGAAAUGAUAAUAUUGAAAGAAACGAUAAUAUUGAAAAAAAUUAUAAUAUUGAAAGAAACGAUAAUAUUGAAAAAAAUGAUAAUAUUGAAAGAAACGAUAAUAUUGAAAAAAAUUAUAAUAUUGAAAGAAACGAUAAUAUUGAAAAAAAUGAUAAUAUUGAAAAAAAUGAUAAUAUUGAAAAUUUUCCAAGCUUGGAAAAAAGCGAAUAUUGUGAUAUAAGUGAAAAUGAAGAAAAAAGCGAAUACUGUAAAAAUUCGGAUAUGAGUGAAUAUUGUGAAUAUGAUAAAAACGAGUUAUUAUAUGUUGAGGGCAUGAUGGAAAUCGAUGAAUUAAAAAAUAGAAUAUUAGGUAUUAAUAUAAAAAAGAAAAUGAAAAAGAAAAAGAAGAAAAUAAAAGAAAUAAAUUAUGAUUAUUAUAUACAAAAUUUAAUUAUUCCACCACUUAAAAGAAUGUUAGAUUUACUUCCUUUUUGUUCUAUCAAUUUAGAUGAAAUUUUUUACAGAACAAAAAGAAAAUUUAAUUGGAAUAAAGCAAAAUUAGAAAUGUUUUCAAAGUAUUAUAAAAAUAUGGAUAAUAAACUGCUAAAAAAUAAUAAUGUAACAAAUAAAGGUAUUAAUUUGAUGAAUAUUUUAAAUGAAGAUAAAAUAAAUAAUAAAGAACAAAAUGGGAAUACAAAAAAAAAAUUAAAUUUUUUACAUAAUGUAAAUAAAACAAUGGAAACUUAUAAGGAUAUGAAUAACAAAUCAAAAAUAAUAAUAAGGUUAGAAGAACAAGGAGAAAAUGAAGAAUUAAAAGUUACAAAUAAAAUAAUGAAUAGUUAUGUAGAAAUUAAUAAAUCUCAGAAUAUGCUAAAAAAAUUAAAUAAAAUAUGUUUAAUGUGUGCAAAUUCUGAAAUGGAAGCACUAGCAUGUCAUUAUUCUGUUCAUUGUAAAAUAUUUUUUAAAAGAAUUAAUUUACAAGAAAAUAUUUUAAAAAAUAAAGAUUCAAUAAAUAGACUUUCAUAA